ACUGCCGGUAAUACUUGUUUAUGACGCCUGGGAUGUUGCAUAUUGAUUUUAGGUUGUUUAAUGGAUUUUAAUAAUUAUGAAUCAUUAUGCAGACAUGAAGCUUAAGAAAGGAUGAUUUAUACCUGAUGCAGUGUUUAACAAAUCAAGUACCUGCUGAUUUGGGAAAAACCUGUUGUUGGCUAUCCCAAAAAAAAAAUUGUGAUGUUAACUGUGGAGGAUUGAUGCAGAAAAUGUAGUGAAUGGUUGAAAUUACAAAUGAUGACCAACAACAAUACACUGGGCAUCAGCCCCGUAGGGAAGAAGAGCUCUCGACGCCGGAGUUAUGGACUCGUUCGAGAGGAAGGGGAUCGCUCCAUGUGGAAGGAGUUCUCAUUGUCCCAUAUCAAGGACACCUUCAAAAGCUUACAAAUGGAAGAAUUGUAUCAGUCGUAUUGUGUCCACAUGAAGAAUUCCCUGACGAUUGUCCUUGUUGUCAUGGCAACACUAAUCUGUCUUACCGUUUUAUUUUAUCAUCUUUUUGACACUCAGGAAAUGGCAAGUGCAGAGUUUAUUUCACACACAGUGAUUGUGGCCUCAGGGAUUGCUGGAAACUGUUUAUUUUUUGGUUUUGUGGUGCGGAAUAAAUUCUACUGUCGAUACCCCACUUGUUUAUCUAUAUCAUACUGGAUAUUCCUCAUUGUACUGCUCAAUUUAUAUUUCAAUGUGCCAUCUCAUAAUAGACGACCAACAGACGAUGUUGUAGUGGUGUUUUAUACCAUUCUUGUGUGCUAUACCAUGCUACCACUUUCUAAGUGCUGGUCCCUUGUGCUUGGUGCUUUGACUGUCGUGCUGCAGUUGAUGUCUGCAGGAUUUCUAGCAGAGGAUAAGAGACUUCUUGUGGGACAGCUGAUAAGUAACUUUGUGAUUCUGGUGUGUGCCAAUAUUAAUGGAAUGUACCACAAAUACUUGACUGAUCUUACACAUCGACGCACAUUUCUAGAGGCGCGGAAUUACAUACAGUCCAUGUUCAAACUAGAAAGAGAGAAAAAACAGCAGGAGGAGCUGCUAAAUAGCUGUAUUCCCAAUGAUUUGGUGGAGGAAAUAAAAGACCUUAGUAAGAAAAUGAAGAGCAGUCAGACAUCACCAUUCCACGAUCUGUACAUACAGCAACAUACAGAUGUCAGUAUAUUGUACGCGGACAUUGUGAACUUUACCCCACUGGCAGCAGAGUGCACCGCUGAAGAACUGGUUAAAAUGCUGAAUGAACUGUUUGGCCGAUUUGACCAACUGGCAAAGAAGAACCACUGUAUGAGGAUAAAGAUCCUGGGAGACUGUUACUACUGUGUGUCAGGUCUGCCUAAUCCCGACCCCAAUCACGCUGCUAACUGUGUCAACAUGGGGCUACGCAUGAUUGAUGCCAUCAGAGAGGUAAGGGAGGCGACUGGUGUAGACGUUGAUAUGAGGAUAGGGGUACACAGUGGGAUGGUGCUGAGUGGUGUUUUAGGUCUCUGUAAGUGGCAGUAUGACGUCUGGUCAGAUGACGUCACAAUCGCUAAUCAUCUUGAAUCUGGAGGAGUUCCUGGUAAGGUCCAUAUCACCAAGAAGACAUUGGAGUACCUGAACAAUCAGUUUGAGGUCGAACCUGGGGCGGGCCAAAUGAGGGACUCUUACCUGGCCGAACAUAACAUUGACACCUUCCUAAUCAAACCAAAAGUCAGAAAGUUUGAUGAGAAUCGGACCAUCCGCUCCCGGUAUGAGAGUAGUCUACGAGCUUCACUCCGAGUCACCAAAUAUCUGGAAAACUGGAAUGUAGACAAACCAUUUGCCAGCCUUCAUGUCAGUCCAAUGGCAACCAAGUUACUGAGUGUCACCAGUUUGGCCUUCCUUGAUUCUAAUCUGGUAUUGAACAGUAUUGAUAAUGACCAUGGUGUAGUCGGACCUACCCAACAACUGAACAUAGAAGUCAAUGCUGAGUUGGCCAAAAAAUCCAAAGAUUUGGUGAAAAAAUACUCCUUUAGAUCUAUGAAAAACCCAAAGGAGGACUUUAACCCCCUUCUGAUGAGCUUCAGCAAACAACAGGAAACAGAAUACCAGCAGAGGCCAGAUUUAUCAUUCAAACUGGGACUUCUCUGUGCACUGUUUAUGUUCAUAGGGGUUGUAAUAGUGCAAGCCAUUAUGUCAAACAGAGAUGCCUUGUUCUUCAUCAGUAUUGUGUUAGGUACGGCUGUGUUUGGAGUCGUUAUCAGCUUUAGUUUUUUCACAGAAUGUUUGACACCAAUCAAAGGGAGUCCACUGACCAAUCGUUUGCUAGUGUUGGCUUGUCAUGUGACCAACAGUCUAGCCGCCAGGAUAUGUGUGGCAUCUCUAUGUGUGUUCUGUGUCUUUAUAACCUCCAUUGUACCUGUGAUAAAUACCCAAUCGCCUCCCGGGGACAAAAGUGCUGUCAACAAUACAAAAAUUCUGUACUGGGCACACAGCAGUCUGUUUGGAAUGGUCACUACCAGUCUCUUUCUACAAAUUAGUCUCACUUUCAAGGUCAUUUUGACCAUUAUUGUCGUCGUUGGUUACAAUCUGGCUUUUCAUCUCACCAGAACGUUCCAUGUUGACAUGUUUAUCAGAAGCAGUAUUGAACCUCUGGAUAUUGCCACAGGAAUGUCCGUUUACCUGGCCGUUUUCCUGUUUACCUUGAUUUUUCAUGACAGACAGGUGGAAUAUGCAAAUCGAUUGGAUUUCCUUUGGAGACGAGAAUUUCAAUCCGAGACAGAGAAGGUUAGAAACACUGCCGAGCAGAACAAGAAGCUAUUGGAGAACAUCUUACCCACUCAUGUGGCGGAGUAUUUCCUGAGAGGAAAUCGAAGCAAAAAUGAGCUGUAUAGUGAGUCACAUGACAAUGUCUGCGUGAUGUUUGCUUCCAUCCCUAACUUUAAAGACUUCUAUCACCAAAAUGCCUCCAAUAAAAAUGGAAUAGAAUGUAUCCGAGUUCUUAAUGAAAUUAUUGUAGAUUUUGAUCAGCUACUGUCAAGACCAGAGUUUUCAAACGUAGAAAAGAUCAAGACUAUAGGAAGUACAUACAUGGCAGCGGCUGGUCUCCGACCAGGUCAGGAAAAUGAGGGACAGGAGGGGGAGGGGCGUAAAAAUGUCGUUAUGAUGACAGAGUUUGCCAUGAUGAUGAUGGUCAAACUAGAGGAAAUCAAUCUCAACUCUUUCAAUCAGUUCAAACUCAGAGUCGGUAUCAACCAUGGGCCAGUGAUAGCUGGGGUGAUAGGGGCCAGAAAGCCUCAGUAUGAUAUCUGGGGGGACACCGUUAACGUGGCUAGUCGGAUGGACAGCACUGGAGAAGCCAGUAAAAUUCAGGUCCCAGAAAAGACAGCACAGAUACUCAUUGAAGCAGGUUUCCAAAAUGAAUAUAAAGGACUGACCAAGGUCAAAGGGAAAGAACCAAUGAAGACAUACUUAAUUUUACCACCUCCCAUCGAAGCCGACUUUGAUAGUCAUGAUUGAAUUAGGUUAUUCAUCAACACCCAACCCCCUCUCUUAAUAGCUGGCUCGUCAGAAUGCAGUCCUGGGAUAAAAUGGACAUAUUACAAGCAUAUGACUGAUCAUAGAGGAUUCCAGUUUCCUCUGUGUUCAUAACACAAUUAAAGAUCUGAAUUAUUGUCAAAGAGAGAGUAAAAAGUCUCCACUUGAUUAGCUCAUUGCCAAAAUAUCAUUCCAGAAAGUUGUUAGAGGAAACACUUCCAAUUUUUUUUAAAACUUGAAAUAGCUAUGGCUAUAAAAAUAUUUGGACAUUGAAGUGAAGAGAAAAUUAGAACAUUGCCAAAAUAUUAUUUCAGAAAGUCGUCAGAGGAAACACACUUCUGAUUUUUUUUUUAAACUUGAAUUAGCUAUGGCUAUAAAAAUCUGUGGACAUUGAAGUGAAAGAAAAUUGUGAAAGUGAUAAUUAUAAUGUGAUUAUGUCCUUCAGAACUUAUGUGCCAAUCAGGAACCUCUAACAGGUGAUACAAUUGAGAGUCAUCUUCAAAACUUAAAGAAAUACACAGAAAUUAUGUAAUAGGAAGUUUAUGUGCACUUGAAAACUACUACAAUUGUUAUUGUAGAUCGCCAAGUACUAAACCAAGCCAUUUUCAAGUUAUAUCUACAUGUAUUAAAAACAUGACCUUAUUUUGACCAGACAAAUCUGGUCACACAGUGUACCUUGUAUUAGAUGAUACAAUCAGAAACUGUGAUAUGUGUUCUAUAUUUAUAGAAAAAUUUGUAUUAAUAAAAAUCUACAUUAAAUCCUUUGUUUGUAAAACAAUGAUGGUUAUUUAAAUAUGCAUGUACAGAUUAAUUAA